AUGCCUCUGCCCCGACGCCGCUCCUCCUUCCUGGGACAGCCGUCCUCCGAGCGCCCGGCCCCCGCCUCCUGCGGCCGGAUCGGCGCGGCCGGCACUGCGGCGCCUCGAGGCGUGUUUGUGGGCUCCGCCCCCGCACAGAUGGGCGGAGCCUCGUGUCUUGGCACCCGGGUGUCCCGACGGGCUCUGGGCAUCAGCAGCGUGUUCCUGCAGGGCAUGAGGAGCAGCGCUGCGCCGGUAGUGCCCCGUGCCGGGGAGCGGGCCGCCGGGCACGGAGCCGCCGCCGCCGGACUGAACAGCUGCCUGAUGGAGUACCGGGACAAGGUGAGAGCCCUGGAGACCCUGAACCAGCAGCUGGAGGAGCAGAUCCGCCUCUGCCUAGACCGCAAGGCGUCCAGCGCCGGAGCCUGGGGACCGCUCAGGAGGGAGUGGGAGGACGUCUACAAACAGGUCAGUGAAGCGAUCCUGGACAACGCGAGGUUGAUGCUGCAGACGGAGAACGUGCAGGCGAACGCAGAGGACUUUAAGGACAGGUUUGAGAACGAGCAGCCGUUCAGGAAGGCGGUGGAGGAGGAGAUCAGCUCGCUGUACAAAGUGAUCGACGACGCAAACCUGACGAAGACAGAGCUCGAGGAGCAGAUGGAGAACAUGAGGGCGGAGCUACGCAGCCUUGAACACAACCACGAGCAGGACGUACGAGUCCUCUACAGUCAGAUGGCGGGACGUGAGGUGGAUGAGCCCGACGCUCCCAUAGAAACCAGUCUGGACCAGAUCCUGGCCUACAUCCGGAGCCACUGGGAGAAGGUGACAGAGAGGAACCGGGCCGAGACCGAUAGCUAUCUGGAGUGUAAGCAGGAGGCGCAAUGUGUGAGCAGACUGAGUCCUGAGGAGGAGCAGGUGGAGGCACUGAAGGCCGACUGUCACGACACCGGCUGUAAGAUCCAGAGUCUGCAAGCCGAGACAGAGUCCAUCAGAGCGCUGAGGCGGGGCCUUGAGAACUCUCUGGGUGACGCUCGUCAUUGGCAUGACAUGGAGCUGCAGAACCUGGGCUCGGUGGUGGCGAAGCUGGAGGCGGAGCUCGCCGACGUGCACGGCGAGAUCGAGCAGCAGCGCCGCGACUAUGACACAUUGCUCGGCAACAAGCAGCGCCUUGAGCAGGAGAUCAGCCUGUACCACGGCAUCCUGGACGGCGAGGAGAGCCGCUUCCAGCCCGCCGAGGCACCGUGUCCAGGUGUGCAUUCAGAGUCUGAGGGGGCGAGUGGCACCUCUCCAGACUCCAGGACCAACACUCCAGGACCUCCAGGACAGUGAUCCAGGGGAUUUUCUACCUGGUGGCGUGUGCAGGUGUGAAUGAUCUGUAGUCCUGGUUGUGAUGUGUCCUCAGAUGAACCUGGUACUUACCUGGUCCUCAGGUGAACCUGGUCCUGUCUUCAGGGUUUCUGGUGCACGGUGUGUUCAGGUGGAGAACAGAAGUGGGUCCAGUUCAGCAGCAAAUUAUUAAAUAAGCAGCUGAAAACACAGAGGGUCAAAGGUCAGCCCCCCUGUAGCCCCGCCCCCUCUGUGACUCUUAAUUCACCUUGAAACCUAAACUAAUUAUGUUUUCUCAUAGACUUCUAUACGAUCUUCUGGACAAAAUGCAGCUAUACUCACCUGAACUUUCAGUUUAAUUCUUUGCCACUUCCACUGCUAACAUGCUAGCUGCAAUCGCUUCGUCCAAUCAGAGCUCUGUCAGGGCAGCUUCUGAUUGGUCUACAGAGUCUAUUGGGUGCUCAGUCACCUAAAUGCACGAUCACCUGAAUGCAGCACUCACCUGAACGCGAUUACCUAAACGCAUCGCCUACCUGAAGGCAGCACUCACCUGAACGCAGCAAUCACCUGAAUGCAGCGAUCACCUGAACGCAUCGAUCACCUGCUGAUGUUUACCUGAUGAGAUCACAGCCAGUGUCAUGUGAUUGAGUGCAACAUCAGAAUAAUUUAGGUUUUAUGAUCAAUAAACUGUUUUUUGUUGAUGUUUUAAACAGAAGAACUUUGAGGAUGAUUAUUGAUUUAUACUUCAGUGUUUCUGUUCAAACUAGAGAGAAAUAAAAGUUUCCAAACAUUUAAAACAUGUUUUUUAAAUUAUUUUGGUUCCGAGGUGGAAACAUGAAAUUAUUGUUUAACGUGUUGUUUGUUUUUUCAUGAAAACAUCUGAGUGAAACUUUCUAAAUAAAAUGAAU